AAAAAUCUCAUCUUUUUUUAUGUUUAUUAUUUGAACGCGUACAGAUCACGUCUCUUUGUUUUGUAGCUACAGUCUCUCUCGUGACAUUUUGAGUACAACUUCCUCUUCUUGCGCGUGGGUGCAAGAGUAAUCGAGAUUUGAGGAGCUACGUCUGCCACAAAAUAAAAUAAUCCUCUUUGCUUUUCAAGGAUAAAUGGGGAUUUUAAAGAGUUACGUUACAUUACAGGUCACCGCUCUUCAAUUCUUCUUUCUUCUCUGCUGGAAUUGCAACUCCAGAGUUCUAAAUCUGAUUAAAAAGUCACCAUCUCUGUGACUGUUUUCCCUUCUAAAUCCCCCUUUUCUUUGUUUCUUUUACCGGGUGUUUGUUUUUUCUGCCGUUUGUUGUGAUGAUGUCUGCAGAGGCAGACGAUAGAGGACAGUUGGUGAAUCAAAAAAGUGAGUAAUCAUUUCCAUGACUAAUGGGUUUAGAUGAAUUUCUAGGUUGUGUUUUCUACAGUAGUAACUUAGAGGAACGCUUCUUAUGAGGAGAAUCAGGUGAGAAACCAAGUGGUUCUGUCUUUGAAUAUGAAUUUUUGAGCUGAUUUAUUCCUCUAAGUGAAACCAGUUAGAUAACCCUACUAGAAAUCAAAUAGAAUUUGUUGCUGUGCAUAAGGGAUUUAAAGAGUUAAGGGAAUCAGUUGGUUGAUUUGAUUGUUUCGGAAGGUUUGGCGUUUAGUUAGAGAUAGUUAUGCAGAGGGUUCGAUUGUCAUCUCAACAAACACCUGUGCUUAAGUUGGGUGAUUCUCAAAUGACAUUAUCUCCAAAGUUUAGGUUAGCAAUUAUCAAGUCUCAUCUGUUAAAUCCUUCAUCAGACUUGGAAUCAUCUAUUUGUGGGGAACCCUUAAUUCCAGGUCUUCCAGAUGAUGUUGCACUUAAUUGUCUCCUCAGGUUGCCGGUUCACAGCCACGCUGCCUGCCGGGUUGUUUGCAAGAGAUGGCAUCAGCUAUUGGGUAGUAAAGAGAGAUUCUUCACUAGGAGGAAGGAGUUAGGUUUCAAAGAACCUUGGCUUUUUGUAUUUGCUUUCCACAAAUGUACUGGAAAGAUUCAGUGGCAGGUUCUUGAUCUCACUCAUUUCUCUUGGCAUAGUAUCCCACUCAUGCCUUGCAAGGAUAAGGUUUGUCCUCAUGGCUUUAGAUGUGUCUCAAUCCCUCAUGAGGGCACUCUCUUUGUUUGUGGUGGCAUGGUAUCGGAUGUUGACUGCCCCCUCGACUUGGUCUUGAAGUAUGAGAUGCAGAAAAAUCGUUGGACUGUGAUGAAUCAAAUGAUCACGGCAAGGUCAUUUUUUGCUAGUGGAGUCAUUGAUGGUAAAAUUUACGUGGCUGGAGGGAAUAGCACUGAUCUUUUCGAGCUCGACUCAGCUGAGGUUUUGGAUCCUAUCCAAGGGAAUUGGAACUCCGUUGCAAGCAUGGGAACAAAUAUGGCUUCGUACGAUGCUGCAGUUCUCAACGGGAAACUUUUAGUCACAGAAGGCUGGCUGUGGCCUUUCUAUGUGGCUCCAAGGGGACAAGUUUAUGAUCCAACAACUAAUAAUUGGGAAACUAUGGCCAUUGGUUUGAGAGAAGGCUGGACUGGUUCAAGUGUAGUGGUUUAUGGCCACUUGUUUGUUGUUUCAGAGCUUGAAAGAAUGAAGCUUAAGGUUUAUGAUGCAGCUUCUGAUUCCUGGGAAGCUAUUGAAGGCCCACCUCUACCCGAACAGAUAUGCAAACCUUUUGCUGUGAAUGCAUGUGAUUCGACCAUAUACGUUGUUGGUAGGAACCUACAUGUAGCUGUAGGCCGUAUCUCUCAGCUGAUAAAAAAGGGGACGUGCGAAAAUAAGUGGAGCUUUAAUGUAAGUUGGCAUGUUGUUGAUGCACCAGAAUGCUUCUCUGAUUUGACACCCUCAAGUUCUCAGGUGUUGUUUGCUUAGGUAUCAUCCUUUUUCGGCUCCUCCCCCCUUAAUGUCUUGUAUGAUUUUGAAUAUGUUACAAUGAAAGAGAAUGAGCUAUAGAUCUGAUUAUAGAUGUGUGGAAAGGUGUUUGUUCAAAGUGGCGUGUAUUGGAGUACUGACUUUAAGUCCGUCAAUUUUUUUUUGGUUCUUAUUUUUCUUUUUCAUGAUGCAUAAUGCACGACUUUAAUUUAUUGCAGUUCUAUAUAUCUUUCUCA